CGCGCGCUCACGGUCUCAUUGAGUUUCUUCAGUAUGGCGAUGACACAGACUCGUCCUGUCGUUGCACCGAAUGUGUCGUGAGUGAAUCAUCAGAUGUAAUGAGACUAUAAUGAAACUUUAAUGAGAAGUCAGAGAUGAAUGUGAGAGUCUAAUGUUGGAGGAUUUUUACUGGAUCAGAGCUGCGGAAAAUCACUCCGGAUGAUAGAGGAGGCGAAGCGGAGGGGGAAUGUCAUGGCCGAUCGGAAGCAGAUCUUCACGGACAUGAAGGCACAGAAUUAUGACACCAUCCGGCUCUCCACGUAUCGAACCGCCUGCAAGCUUCGAUUUAUUCAGAAGAAAUGCAACUUGCAUCUGGUGGACGUGUGGAAUACGAUCGAGGCGAUUCGUGAUAAUGGUUUGAACACUCUGGAUGUCUGUACUGAGAUCAGCUUGGCUCGACUGGAGACCAUCAUCACCUGCAUCUAUCAGCAGCUAAAUAAACGCCUGCCCACCACACACCAGAUCAACGUCCAACAAAACACCAACCUGCUGCUCAACUUCAUGCUGGCGGCUCGCGACAGCGAUGCUCAGGGAAUGUUGACGGUUUUCUCUGUGAAGGUCAUGCUCUCGGUGUUGUGUGGAGGAAAACUGGUGGAUAAACUUCGCUAUAUUUUCUCCCAAGUAUCAGACGCUCACGGUGCGAUGGUGAUGUCAAAGUUCGAUGACUUUCUGCGGGAGGCGCUAAAGUUACCCGCCGCUGUGUUCGAGGGGCCGUCGUUUGGCUACAUGGAUCACUUUGCCAGAUCCUGUUUCCCUCAACAAAAGAAAGUGAUGUUGAACAUGUUUCUGGACUGUGUGAUGUCAGAUCCUCCUCCUCAGUGUGUCAUCUGGCUUCCUUUAAUGCAUCGUCUGUCUAAUGUUGAGAACGUCUAUCAUCCGGUGGGAUGCUCUUACUGUCGCUCGGAGGGCAUGACGGGAUUUCGCUAUCGCUGUCAGCAGUGUUUUAACUAUCAGCUUUGUCAGCACUGUUUUUGGCGAGGUCACGCCAGCGGAAACCACAAUAACCAACACCAGAUGAAGGAACAUUCAUCCUGGAAAUCUCCUGCUAAGAAGUUUGGUCGAGCCAUCAGUAAAUCUUUGGGUUGCGUGCCGAGCAGAGAGCCGUCCCACCCCAUUUAUCCAGAAUACCCAGAGAAACCCCUCAACCUGUCCAAUAUAGUUCCAGCGCGUCCAAUAGGAAACAUGAAUGAAUCGGCUCCGCCCCCUUCUGCUGGCUCCACCCCUGCUAAGAGACUGCCGACUCUCAGUGCAGCUCAGCGUAUGAAUGAGGAACAUGCGUUGAUUUCAGCAUAUGUGAAUAAACUACAGCAAAGCCCGCGAGCAUUGGAUAGUCCCAGCCGAACAGAUGAAGAACACAAACUCAUCGCUCGCUACGCGGCUCGUCUUUCCACAGAUGCCGGAAACAUUGCUAGUCCUGCAAACUUCAGCUAUGACACAAACAAACAGCAGAGACAACUUAUCAUGCAACUGGAGAACAAGAACAGAGAGAUUUUGCAGGAAAUCCAGCGCUUACAUGUGGAGCAUGAACAGGCAUGUCAGCAGACCCCAGAGAGAGUCCAACAGAACCCCACCCUACUGGCAGAACUGAGACAGCUCAGACAGAGGAAGGAUGAGUUGGAGCAGAGAAUGUCAUCACUUCAGGAGAGCAGACGAGAGCUGAUGGUGCAGCUGGAGGGACUGAUGAAACUACUGAAGGACGAAGAGCAGAGACAAGCAGCUCAAGCCGCUGGUUCUUCUCCAAGUCACGCCUCCCCUCGUUCUGUCCCAGUGCCCGUUCGCUCUACGUCUGCAGGCUCCACCCCUGUAUACCCAGGCCACACCCCCACUCACGGUCCACAGGACUCUCUCUCUGGAGUGGGUGGAGAUGUUCAGGAAGCAUUCGCUCAGGGCGCUCGCAGAAACCUGCGAAAUGAUCUGCUAGUGGCAGCAGACUCCAUUACGGACACAAUGUCAUCACUCGUCAAAGAGCUGAACUCGGUGGAGGAUGGAGCAGAGUAUGACGAGAGACUGCAAAAUGGUAAAGAGAGAGGUUACCCCAUAUAAGCGCCCGUAAACAGAAUCAUGCAUGGAUUCAUUAUUCAAACGGCACAAUGACGAUAUCCUCCGAAUCCAGGUUCAGCCAAUCAGAGGGCAGCUCAGGGAUUCGGCUGAAGCUCGGCUUCCUGUGGAUUGCUUGAGGAGGAAAACAUUUAGUUGUUUUAGUGUUUGGUUUUGUAGUUAGAGUUUUCUGAGAUCUGUGAUGCAGAACUGCUGUUCACUUAACGGCGUUUGAUUUUUAGUAGCUGAUUUCAGUGAUGUUUGAAAGCUUUAUAAAUUUCGGAUGCACCCAGAGACAUUUCUGAUAUGUUGAGGAGUUGGACAGAAUGGACUGAAGAGGAACGGAAUGGAAUAGGCGAUGAGCUGAUUGACCGGAUGAAGUAUGUGGGUGUGGUUUGUUGGAUGUGGGUGUGGUCACGGAAGUUUGUGGUGUUUGGGGGGACGCAGCCUUAAUGAAUGCUGUAAGCACGACUAAGUUAAAGAAUAUUGUGUGGAAUUCUGUACUGUAAUCUUUUUAUUUAUAUGCAGAAGACAAGAUUUGAGCAGUAUGGUAAAUGUACAUUACGAACCGUCGAUGGUAUUUUCAGCUUUGUAAAUCUGAAAUUCAGAUUUAGAGUUUAUGUAUAUUUAAGUAAGUUUUAAAUCGGUACUUUGAUAAUGAUGCUGAUCUUGUACUGUGCUCUGAACUGGAUAAUUUCACUUAUCAUGAAAUUUGUUGAUUUUCUGGAAGCACUGUUUAUAGCUCUGAUAUCAUCUGUGAACCUGCAUUUCUUGCAGACAAACAUUUGGAUUCAUGUCUGACCUGCUGCACGUCUUUUUUUUUUUCGAGGGGUGUGUUCAUGUGUGUGGUGUGUUUGCCUCUCUAUAUUGUUGGGAUGUUGUUGAAACCUUCAUUUACAGAGUCCGAUAAAACUUGCCACAAAUGAAAAAGUCUUGAAGUAUUUACUCUGUGCUUUUCUGCCAAACCAUUCGUGGGAUUUUGGCCCUUCACGAUGUGAUUCUAUCUUCGGUUAAAUGACAUCACUUCCUGUGAAAACUCUUUGAAAUCAUUACGGUGCUGGUAGCCAUAGUGUUUGCGCUCUCCACUGAACAAUUGUAUUUUUAAGAAAAGGCUAAUUUUACAGAUAUAACUCUGAAAUGAAGAGUCUAAACAGGCUUUGCUCAUGCAAAUGCAGUGAUUUCAAGUGUUGGUUUGUUGUGUGCAGAAUAAAUUAUAUAAGAACUAAAAAAA